AUGCCAGGAUAUCAAAGCCAAGGACCUGUCGAUUGCACCAUCACCGUUGACAGCAGCAAAGUAAAGGGGAAAACUGCAAUCGUGACAGGGGGUGCAAAUGGAAUUGGCGAAGCAUACACGCGCGCCCUAGCCGCCGCAGGAGUAUACAUAACGAUUGGUGAUCUCGACGAAAGCAGCACAGAGAAAUUGACUUCCGAAUUCCCCAAGCAAAUUCACUUUGUCAAAUGCAAUGUGACGAACUGGGACGACCAGACUCGACUGUUUCGCGAAGCAGAGUCGUUCUCGCCAACGCACCAGAUUCAUUAUGUGGUCGCGAACGCGGGUAUCAUCCGCAAGGACGAGGUGUUUGAGUUCGGGGAGCCAACCGAGCCAGAACUGAGUACCAUUGAUGUGAAUAUCAAGGGGACCCUUUACACGGUGAAACUCGCCAUGCACUAUUUCAUCAAGCAAAACGGAAUCGUGCCUGGGCCAGAGCAGCACGAUACCUGCCUCGUGCUUAUUGGCUCGGGUGCUGGGAUUCAUGACUGUCUACGUAUUCCUCAAUAUUCGGCCACAAAAUGGGCAGCCCGAGGUAUCAUGCAUUCACUUAGACGAACCAGCCACUUUUACGGAAGCAGGGUCAACGUCAUUCAUCCAUGGUAUGUCAAGACCAAGAUCCUGUCGGAAGAGGUGUUUGAGGAGGUCAAGGCGAAAGGUGUCGAGUUUGCAACAGUGGAGGAUGCGGGACAGUGUUUACUGCGGAUCUUGAGUGACGAGAGCAUAAAUGGAAGAUCUUUGUUCAUUGCGGCGAGAAAAUGGGCCAGCACGGGGUAUAUGGAUCUCGAUUUGGAGGAUACAGAGGAGAACGAGUUAAGGAAGGAAAUCCAAUUCGAUCAGAUGAGGGGAAAUCCAGUGGAAGAUGGACUCAUUGUGUGA